GAAGAGCUCGAGGGCAUAAUUUCCUGGUAGAGUGCACGGCCGUAAGUAAAGGUCAGUUGUUUCCUUACGUCUUAUCGUUCAACCCUGGAGUAUUUAGGGGAAGAAUAACAAAGGCCAGGGAAGAAAUUCAACGCGCUCAAACUGCACUAAAGAUUCUCCUUGUU